AUCGCCGCAACACAACGCACGCCAAACAAAAUGGCGAACCGCACGGUGAAAGACGCGCAUUCGGUGCGCGGCACAAACCCGCAGUAUUUAGUUGAGAAGAUCAUCAGAUCACGCAUCUACGAUUCCCGAUACUGGAAAGAAGAAUGCUUCGCGCUUACAGCCGAGUUGCUGGUCGACAAGGCGAUGGAGUUGCGCUACAUCGGCGGUGUUUACGGCGGCAACGUCAAGCCGGCACCGUUCCUCUGCCUACUGCUCAAAAUGCUGCAGAUUCAACCGGAGAAGGACAUCGUUGUCGAGUUCAUCCGUCAGGAUGAGUUCAAAUAUGUGCGUGCCCUGGGUGCCAACUACAUGCGUCUUGUGGGCAGCUCGCUCGACUGCUACAAGUACCUGGAGCCCCUGUACAACGAUUAUCGCAAGCUCCGGCGUCAGAAUCGGGAUGGGGUGUACGUAAUCGUUCACAUGGAUGAGUUCAUCGAUGAGCUGCUGCGAGAGGAGCGCGUGGCGGACAUCAUCCUUCCUCGAAUACAGAAGCGGCAAGUGCUGGAGGAAAGUGGUGAGCUGGAGCCACGAGUGAGUGCGCUCGAGGAUGACCUGGACGACGUUGACUCGGGCGAAGAUGAAAUCGAAGAUGUGCCCAAGGCACCUAGCGAGCCCAAGAAGGACGCACAGAGGCAUCGCUCGUCGAAGUCACAGCAUGAGUCAGCUGGCAGCAAAAGUACUAGUCGCUCGACACACAAUCGAGAACACCGGGAAAAAGGCGCACCCAAAGAGCACCGCGACUUCCGCGAGCCACGCGACUUCAGAGAUCAGCGUGACUUCCGAGAUCCACGUGACUUCCGGGACCAACGCGACUUCAGAGAUCAACGUGACUUCAGAGACCAGCGUGACUUCAGAGACCAGCGCGACUUCCGAGACCAGCGCGACUUCCGAGAUCAGCGCGACUUUCGGGACUCGAGAGAGUUCCGAGAUCCGAGAGAGUUUAGAGAUUCUCGCGAUGGUCGAGGAGACGGUCGGGACUCCCGGGAUGUUAGGGAUAAGGACUACAGGGAACACCGAGAGAAGGAGCAUCGCGAUCACAGGGACAAGGAUUACAGGGACAAAGAUUACCGCGAUAAGGACUAUCGAGAAAAGGACAAGGACUAUAGGGAGAAGGACAAGGAUUACAGGGACAAGGACUAUCGCGAGAAGGACCACCGGGACAAGGACAGCCGGGACCACCACAGCCGCCGGCACCGUGACCAAGGGGAGAAACGAAAGUCGAACAAGUAAAACACCGGUGGUGAGGGUGAAAGUGACAUUGUGUACAUAUGCAUUAAAGGCUGAUCUUUUAUUGUUUUCAAUGUA